AUGUCCAUGGAAGGCGACCGGCCUUCUGGGGCGUCCCCUGAUCGCGUGGCUGAGCCCGGCUCUCGACAGCGACGCCUCCGCCAGCCGGCUUGUGUAGACAGCCCCUCAGCGUCUUCUGCGACUUCCUCCGUUCCUCAGCCGAAGCGCGAGAGGAGACGCCGCGAGCGCCUUCCUCAGACUCGCUCGGAGGCGCCCGACUCUGUAGAUUUGCCUCUUCCGACGAGGAGCCUCGCGCUCGUGGCUAGCCAAGACACCGCAGCUCCCCCCCUGGUGUCUCCACAGGCGGUGGCGAGCAGGCGGGCGCCGCAGCCGAGCUCUGCAGGGCCCUCGUCUGUUUCCUCUUCUCGGAAGCGAUCGCUCAGUGGGACGGAGAACAGAGGCAAGGAGGGAGACCAUGGAGAGGAGAAGACUUUGUCAAUCAGAAAGCGAAAGCCGCUUUCAGAACUCGCGCUCAAAGACUCAGAGGACCCUGCAGCAGCGCGAGUGACUCCGGCGAGGUGCCCCGCUGUCGGGGCCCUGCAGAGAAGAAGAAAAGUCGCAAGGCGAUCUGACAGAGUGGAGAUGUCGGCGCUCAGAAGAGGCCGGUGCCGGAGAGGCGGACUUGCGAGUGAACAUGGUGAAGGAGGGCGGGCAGAACAGCAGGACCGAACAGAAGAGGAAGGGCGCGAAGAUGGAGACAAGGAAGGCGACAACGUCGAGGGGCAAGAGUCGAGGAAAAGGUGUUCUGGAGACGAAGGGGGGAAUACCGCGGGAGAGAAAGCGGAUGACGGGGAAGACGGGUCGCCAGUCUCUUCGCCGUCUUCGGAUGUCCCUUCUCUUCUUUCGGUUCCUCGCGUGACAGGGAAGGAGAGCGAGGCUGUCUCGUUCUCUGCCUCGCCAUGCUCGACUGGAGGCGAGAGAAUGGGUGGGAGGGGAGGUAGAGAGGGGCGCGGAGACGGACCAUUGGAGCAACACGCCGCAAGGGAUCGCGAGCUCGCGAGAGAAGACGGCAGCAGCAGUCGCGCGAGAAAUACGAGACGCAGAAAACGGGGAGAAACCGAGGAAGAGGGUCACGACGGAGACACUGAGGGUCUGGGGCCUCCUGAGUCUCUGGAAGAACUCCAGAGUGAGCGCCGAACGCGCAGUAUGUCAAGAAGGGGAGGGAGGAAGAAGAGGUUGCAUGAGACUCCCCCAGAGAAGGGGAGAGAGAGUCAAGGCGAAGGCGACUCAAAAGCAGAAGCUAAAGAGUCGCCGCAGACGGCAAACGCCCUGCCUCUCGCCUGCAAGAGAGGCCGAAGAGGCGCUAGUGAAGGAGUCGCGGCUGAGACAGAAGGCGGCAGAGGCACGACUGAGGAACCCGUGGAACAAGAGACCGCGGAUGCCGCCUCUGCGCUGCCAGCGAGUCUUACCCUUCCCGGGAUGCGAGGCUCGUCUUCCUCCUCUUGUCAGCUCUCCUCUUUUCGUCAGACGCCUUCGCUCUUGCCUUCUUCCUGUUCUCGUCCCAACGCUUCUUCCUGCUUUUUCUCCUCAGACGAGCCAUUCUGUUCGCCUUGCGCCGGCUCGCCGGUCUCACUGUACAACUCGCCUCUGGCUGGGCACGCGCCGUCGCCGACGGGGCCUCCUUCUCUCGGAUUUCCUUCGCCUCGCGCCUUGAACGGUGAUGCUUCGCGCCGUUCGAAGGGGCGCAGCGUCCCCUCUGUCUGCUCCCAGUGCACACCGCAGACUUCCUACCGGAGAGGAGAGAGAUCGCGGGGGCCUGAGCGAGGGAGUCAAGUAGCAGGCGCCUACGACUCUCCUCGGACCCUACCAAAUGAUGGAACUGGGUCUGUUCCGGGAAGUCGCGGCGCGAGGCCCUUAGCCAGCCGCAAGGAGAGUCUCAGGAGGCACCGAUCGCCUUCAGUUUACCAAAGAAAGGCAAACACUUCGUUGAGUAGGCGAGAGAGCGAAAGCAGCGUGCUGAGUGGGAGCGCCCUGCUCUCUGCGGCAGCUGCAGCCUCCUCGCUUCACCAGCUGCCUCCGCCCGCAUCUCCGUUCAAAGGCUCGCCGCGGCCUGGAGUGGCGGAGCGGAAGCGGCGAAAACGACAGAGGCAAGACGACGCGCUCGGCGCGGUCGGACCGAAGAGCGAGGGUGGAGAGGAAGCGGAAGAGAGAGACGCGAACGUGGCCGCACCCGGCGAGGAGGCGGCCCAGGGUUCCGGAGAGGCUGACGAUUCUGACGAUUUGGGGUCUCCGUGUCUGCCCUACUCGCGCGAAGAAGAAGAAGAGAAGGCGCUUUUUCCUCACCCGCGCCGGCAAGCGAUGAAGCACGCGUGUUCGUCUGCGCGGAGCAGCUUGAGCAGACUCAGCUCGAGCAGCUGGCGCGGCGCCUUCUCGCCCUCGGCCAUCAUUGGCCCGCCGGACGUCUGGGGCGCCUCACCGUGCGCGAGUGACAGCGCGUUCUUCGACGCCGGGCGCGUCUCCGCCUCCUUCUCGCUCUUCCCAUCCUCGCCGUGCUCCGCCAGCGUGCUGUGGAGCGGCCCGAGCCCGACGCUCCUCGGCGCCGGUUCGGGCUCAUACUUUGGACCCAGCAACUCGCUCGACUCGAGCACGAGCAGCCAGGUGUCGACGUCGUCUGCCUCCUCCUCCGUGGUCUUCGCGCGCCCAGUGCUCGUUCGGCGUGGCGACCGCGAGGACGACGGAAACAGCGACGGGGAGCGGGUCCCCAGCAGGAACCUGCGCAAGCGAGGCAGGCAGAGGCACGCCUCCCCCUCGACCCGAGCGAGUUCCGGCGGUUGCGUCUUCCGCCCUCCUCGGCGAGUGGCCGGGGUUGCCUCGGCCUUCACUCCACAGGAGGCAGGCGCUGCGGCUGGGUCCGGAUCUGUCACCAGCCUCGGAGCCGCAGGCCUGACUACGCCUUGUCCGCGCCACUUCCCGCUCUUGCCGUCGCUCUCGCGGUCGGGAUUCCUUCUCACUGGCACUGCGAUGCAAGGUGCCUCAAACACGUCUGCUGCGUUGAGUUCUCAAACUGCGUCUGCUGCGGGGCCCCGAAAUCCCCUAUCCAGCGACAACAUGCUUCUCGCGGCCUCCUGGGGUGUCAGCUUCCACCGAGCGAACGCCCGGGCCUGUGGGACGAUCGCCGGCUCGCUCAUGGGCUCCGCCGCUUCGGGUGCGGCAGGUAGCGCUAUCCCGCAGUCUUCGCCCCUUGUGCGGCGCGCCCGAAGGCUCUCCGAGGGAGACGCCAGAGACACCGGUGAAGAGGACACGGCAGGAAUAGCUGGUGGCGACCGUAGGGACAGAGAAGGUGGGGUGUCUGCGAAGCAUGUCGACCCGGAGGAGGGAGACGGCGAGGGCCAGCGGGACGGGCGGCGGAGCGGCGAGGCCGCGGAGCCGAAGCGGAAGGUCGGUGGAGGCGGGAAGAAAGAGUGGAAGAAGGGGGUUCGAGCAGACACCAGGGAGAAGAAGGCUGCAAACGCGUCUGUCUCCCCGAAAGGGGCAAGGGAGAAAGGCAGAACUCCGACCGGGGGACGGGCUGCCGGGCCGCGCGAGAUGCCUUCCACAGGAAAAGAAAAUGUUGCAUCUUGGGCUGGUGUUGAAGCGUGAAAAGGCAGGCAGGCGCUCUUCGGAGAAACUAGCGAGAGUGUCGAACGAAAAACCCGUGUCUGUGGCUUCGUGAGCAGAUCGUGGCUCAGAGAAACCGUGGCCACAGCUGCCCAUA